UUGCGCUCAGCUUCUGAUUAUUUUGCUGUUGCUGCUGCUGCUGCACGAAUCGCAGCACUCGAUCCCAUUGAAACGCUUUCUGCCGCUGAUGAUCAGCACUGGGAACUACACGGAUGCGAAUCGCGAGGCAUGGCUCGUGCUCCGGACGGGCUCCCAACAGACGCGCCAGUCUGUGAUCCAAGGCUGUAUGUACUGCCAGGAUUCGGACAACUGUGGCCGCCUACUCAGCGGUGCAUCCGCGCCCGACACCUCUGGCGGGAUCACCCUGGAAGCGGCCCUCAUUGAUGGCACCGACAUGCGUUACGGUGCUGUGGCCGGAUUGGCCGGCAUACGCAAUGCUAUCGGAGUGGCGCACGAUGUCCUGAGGUACACGAACCACUCCCUGUUGGUGGGUGAGGCUGCUGCCAGCUUUGCCGAGGCCAUGGGGCACAAGAAAGAGAAUAUCUCCACUUUGAACACCAAAGAGCUUUUGCUCGCCUGGCGACUGGCUAAUUGUCAGCCCAAUUUCUGGCGGAAUGUGCGGCCGCUGGCCAAUGCCAGUUGCGGUGCGUUCUCGCCGCUGCCCCAGGAGCAGCACCAGCGUGAGCUGCGUCAGGAGUAUCCCAUCGAGCAGGGCCAUUACGAUCAGGUGGGUUUCCUGGCCCUGGACAUUAAAGGCUACAUCCAUGCGGCCAGCCUCUCGAGCGGUGCACGCUUCCGCAUCCCCGGCCGUGUGGGCGACGCUGCUGUGCCCGGAGCCGGCAUCUAUGCCGACAACAAAGUGGGCGGCGCCCUGGCCACCGGAGAUGGCGAUGUCCUGAUGCGCUUUUUGCCCGCCCUGCUGGCCGUCGAGGCACUCCGUGCCGGACAGUCGCCGGCCAAGGCUGCCGAGGGGGUGAUGCGACGCCUGCUCAGGCACCACACGGAAUUCAAUGGCGGCCUGGUGGUGGUCAGCCGAUGGGGCAUCUACUCGGCCGUCUGUGCCGGACUGGAUGAGUUCCAGUUUGUGGUUAGCGGUGAUGGGAGUAGCAGGCACAUGCCUCGAGUGGAGAGAAUCAAAUGCUUGGAUCGCAAUGAAAUUGUAGUGGGAGGACCCAGGGGAAAAUUCUACUUGACUCCCAAGAAGUUAGUGAUGGCAGGGAGGAGGGAGGAUGUCGCGGCGCAACGAGUGGAGAAAGUAAAUCUUAAGGAAGAGAUCGAUUCCAAAGAGUUUGCAGAGGAAUACAUUGAAGAUGAGGAUAUGGAAAUAGAGAUGAAUGAGGAGACAGCGCAGGUGGUGCAGGAGGGGAAGGCAAAAGGGGAAUCCAUCUUAGAUGGAUCUUCUGGACAUCUGUUGCUCCAUCAGCUUGGUCUUGCCCCUCCCUUUACACUCCGUUUUCCUUUUCUAUACCUUUGAGUGGAUUCAUCCACCCCCCACCACCAUCCCAUUGUACUGUCUGUCCCAUCUGUCCCACACUCAUUUUCAUUUGUGUCAUUUGUUCUUCCCUAGUAGAACUUUUUGUCCCAGCCCACCUUCGCCCUCUGCAGCUCACAAUUUUUACAAAGAUUUCAGUUUUUCCAGUUUUACGUUUACGUUUUCGUUUCUGCUCCUUUCGCUUUCCUUUACGCAUUCGUAUCCCCCCAAUUCAUCUGCUUUGCAUAUUUCUUUGUUAUUUUUCCGUAUUAUUUUCCCUUCUUUUUUCCAUUUUGGGGGUUUAGUGUCCGCCCCCCAUCCCCGUCCCCGUCCCUGCUUUUGCGAUUGUGUAACGUAAUCCCCUCGUGUUGGUUUCCUUGGAAAAUCUGCUCUAAAUGUAUGCAAAUAAGUACAGUUGUGCUUUAAUUUGUGCGCGAGUCCAACAAAGUUUUUGCCUGGUUUGACCUUACCAUUUAAAGUUUCUCCGGAAAAACUUUUCAAUUGCGGCAUGCAAAACCAAAAGAAAAUCUUAUAUAAUUGAAUGUGGUUUGCCCGUCAGCUAAACUAUUCUGCCGCUUAUACUCCGCAUGAGGCAACUUUAUCAACAGAACAUGUACCAUAACCAUGUACAAUCUGUGUACACUGUACGUGGAAGUAACGUUCGUCAGAGCUUAUGUAGAGGUGCACUUCAACCAAUUAAAAGCACAAAUGUCUUACUCAGCCAUAUCUAUCACACGCCACGAUUAUAGUUUUUUUUCUGUGUGUCAUAAAAAUUGAUUACAACAACUCACACACACACCGAUCCGCGACCAUAAGUCAAAGAUAACCCAAUGCCAAAUAAAAUACCCAUUGGCCGGCGAUGGGCAAUCGAAA